GCUGCCCGGCCAGCAAGGACGUACGCCGCUGCCUGCCACCCACGCCAGCUGAGCCCAGCCUGAGCCGGCACGGACUUCACCACCAUGUUCAAGGGGCUGAGCAAAGGCUUCCAGGGGAACGGGUCCCCCAAAGGCUCCCCAGCCAAGGACUCCCCCAAGGGGUCCCCCAGCAAGCACAGCCGGGCUGCCACCCAGGAGCUGGCCUUGCUCAUCUCCCGCCUGCAGGCCGCUGCCGACCGCGUGGAGAGGUGCAUCUUGGAGACCCAGAAGAGGCUGCAGCAGGACCAGCAGAAGAGCGAGCGCAGCCAGCCCCUGCAGCACAAGCAGGAGACAGGCCGCAACCUGAAGGAGGCGGAGAUGCUGCUCAAGGGCCUCUUUCUGGACAUGGACAAGGCCCGACGGCUCAAGCACCCACAGGCCGAAGAGAUUGAGAAGGACAUCAAGCAGCUGCAUGAGCGGGUGACCCAGGAGUGUGCGGAGUACCGUGCCUUGUACGAGAAGAUGGUGCUACCGCCCGACAUGGGGCCCAGGGUGGACUGGGCACGCGUGCUGGAGCAGAAGCAGAAGCAAGUGUGCGAGGGCCAGUAUGGGCCAGGCAUGGCGGAGCUGGAGCGGCAGGUGGCCGAGCACAACAUCCUGCAGAAGGAGAUCGAAGCCUACGGGCAGCAGCUGUGGAGCCUCGUGGGGCUGGACGCAGCUACCAUCAGAAGCCAGUACCAGGACCUGCUGAAGGCGGCCUCAUGGCGUGGCCAGAGCCUGGGCAGCCUCUACACACACCUGCAGGGCUGCACGCGGCAGCUGAGCACACUGGCCAAGCAGCAGCAGCACAUCCUGCAGCAGGACUGGAGCGACCUCAUGGCCGACCCUGCGGGCAUGCGGCGGGAGUACGAGCACUUCAAGCAAUAUGAGCUGCUGAGCCAGGAGCAGAGCGUGAACCAGCUGGAGGACAACGGGGAGCGUAUGAUAGAGCUCAGGCACCCGGCCGUGGGGCCAAUCCAGGCCCACCAGGAGACCCUAAAGAUGGAGUGGCAGAACUUCCUGAACCUCUGCAUCUGCCAGGAGAGCCACCAGCAGCACGUGGAGGCCUACCACCGGUUCCAGGAAGAGGCCAGCUCAGUCAGCCAGACCCUGGCGAAGCUCAACUCCAGCCUGGACACCAAGUACAGCCUUGCUCCAGGGGGCCCACCUGGUGCCCGCACAGAGCUGCUUCAACAGCUGGAGGCAGAGGAGAAGCAGCUGGCAGUGGCCAAGAGGACCGUGGGGGACCUGCAGCGGCAGAGCCAGGAGGUGGCACCUCUCCCCCUGCGCAGGAGCCCGCCCCAGCAGCCCCUGCACGUGGAGAGCAUCUGCGACUGGGACUCGGGAGAAGUGCAGCUGCUGCGGGGUGAGGGCUACACACUGCUGGACAACUCUCACCCGCACACCUGGGUCGUUCAGGGCCCCAACGGGGAGACCAAGCACGCCCCGGCCGCCUGCUUCCGCAUCCCGGCUCCAGACCCUGACGCUGUGGCCAGGGCUUCCAGGCUGGCCUCGGAGCUGCAGGCCCUGAGGCAGAAACUGGCCACCGUCCAGAGCAGCCUGAAGAUCAGCAUUGCGGAGCCCGAGCGGCCAGGCCAGCAGGCUCCGACCAGCUUGGCCCCAGCCGAACCACAGGCUCAGAAACUCCUGAUGCAGAUGACCCGGCUGGAUGGGGACCUGGCACAGAUAGAGAGGCAGGUGCAGGCCUGGGCCCGGACCCCACUGAGCCGCACCUCACCCCUGGAGGACCUGGAGGGGCGCAUCUGCAGCCACGAGGACACAGCCCAGCACCUGCAGAGCCUAGGAGCUGAGAAGGAGGUGGCCCAGCAGGAGUGUGAGGCGUUCCUGUCGGCGCGGCCUGUGGGUCCCACUGCCCUGCAGCUGCCCGUGGCCCUCAACAAUGUCAAAAACAAGUACAGCGACGUGCAAGUUCUGUGCAAUCUCUACAGGGACAAAGCCAAGGCUGCCCUGGGUCUGGAGCGGCAGAUCCGGGAUGCGGACAGGAUCAUCCGGGGCUUCGAGUCUGCCCUGGCCCAGGAGGCCCCCAUCCCCGAUGGCCCGGGCGCGCUGCAGGAGAGGGUCAGCGAGCUGCAGCACCAGCGGAGGGAGCUGCUGGAGCAGCAGGCCUGCAUGCUGGGGCUGCACCGCGAGCUGAAGGCAGCCGAGCGCACGUGUGGUGCGCUGCAAAACAACUUCUGUGAGUUCUGCCAAGACCUGCCGCGCCAGCAGCGCCAGGUGCGGGCCCUCAUUGACCGCUACCACGCCGUGGGGGACCAGGUGGAUCUGCGGGAGAAGAUGGUGCGGGAUGCCGGCCUCACCUACCAGCAGUUCAAGAACUGCACGGACAACCUGAGCUCCUGGCUGGAGCACCUACCCCACAACCAGGUGGGGCCCCACGAUGGGCCCAGCCACAUUGCGUACAAGCUCCAGGCGCAGAAGAGGUUGGUGCAGGAGAUCAAGGACCGAGAGCGGGACAGGGCCAUGGCAUUCCGCCUCUCCCAGGACCUGCAGGCAGCUCUCCAGGACUAUGAGCUGCAGGCAGACACCUACCGCUGCUCCCUGGAGCCCACCCUGGCAGUGUCAGCCCCCAAGAGACCCCGAGUGGCUCCUCUGCAGGAAAGCAUCCAGGCCCAGGAGAAGAACCUGACCAGAGCCUAUACUGAGGCGGCAGCCGCACACCAGCAGCAGCUGCAGCAGCUGGCGUUUGCCGGAAGGAUGCUGGAGAAGAAGGAGCUCAGUGAGGACAUCCAGGUGACCGAUGAUGCAAAGCAGGGGUCCGAGAGCUGGGCACAAGCAGGGCGGGAGUCGGAAGCGAUGAUGUCCCAGCUGGAGGAGGAGAGGAAGCGGGUGGCCCAGGUGCAGUGCGAGCUGGAGAAACAGAGGGACCGGCUGCUACAGCUGAGGACCCAGCGGCCCUUGGAGAGGCUGGAGGAGAAGGAGGUGGUGGAGUUCUACCGGGACCCCCAGCUUGAGACCAGCCUAUCCAAGGUCAAGUCCCAGGUGGAGGAUGAGAACAAGAAACGAGCUGGCCUGCAGGCAGACCUGGAGGCCAUGGCCCAGAAGGUCGUCCAGCUGGAGAGCAAGAGGAAGACCAUGCAGCCUCAUCUGCUGACCAAGGAGGUCACCCAAAUCGAGCGGGACCCCAGCCUGGACAGUCAGGCAGCCCAGCUCAGCAGUGAGAUCAGGCACCUCCAGGGGGAGAACACCGCCAUCUCUGCCCGGCUGGAGGAGCUAAAGAAGGAGCUGCUGACCCUUGAACAGAAAGAGGCAAACGUGAAGGAGAAGGUGGUGGUGAAGGAAGUGGUCAAGGUGGAGAAGGAUCUGGAGAUGGUCAAGGCGACCCAGGCUCUGAGGCUGCAGAUGGAGGAGGACGCCGCACAGAGGAAGGCGGCUGAGGAGGCUGGGGCCAAGCUGCGGGCUCGCAUAGAAGAGCUGGAGCGAAUGAUCAGCUCCAUGGAGCCAAAGGUCAUCGUGAAAGAGGUGAAAAAGGUGGAGCAGGACCCUGGCCUUCUUAAUGAGUCCUCCAAGCUGAGAAGCCUCCUGGAGGAGGAGAGGAGCAAGAACGCGGUGCUGGCCCGGGAGCUGAAGGAGCUGCGUGGAAAGCACAGCGAGGUGGAGAAGCAGAAGCCCAAAGUGGAAUUCCAGGAGCGGGUCCUCCAGAUCUUCCAGGUGGACCCGGAGACGGAGCAGGAGAUUGCGCGGCUCCGAGCGCAGCUGCAGGAGACUGCCGGCAAGCGGAGUAGCACGGAGAAAGAGGUGGAGAGGCUGCUGCCUGACCUGGCUGUGCUGCGGGCCCAGAAGCCCACCGUGGAGUACAAGGAGGUGACGCAGGAGGUGGUGAAGCAUGAGAGGAACCCCGAGGUGCUGCGGGAAAUCGACCGGCUGAAGGCCCAGCUCAACGAGCUGGUCAACAGCAGUGGCCGGUCCCAGGAGCAGCUCAUCCGACUGCAGGGUGAGCGUGACGAGUGGAGGCGGAAGCGCUCCAAGGUGGAGACCAAGACGGUGAACAAGGAAGUGGUGCGCCACGAGAAGGACCCUGUCCUGGAGAAGGAGGCUGAGCGGCUGCGCCAGGAGGUGCGGGAGGCGGCCCAGAAGCGGCGGGCCACGGAGGACGUGCUCUACGAGCUGCAGAACAAGUUCCUGCUGCUGGAGAGGAGGCGGCCCGAGGAGAAGGUGGUGGUGCAGGAGGUGGUGGUCACCCAGAAGGACCCGAAACUCCGUGAAGAGCACAGCCGGCUGGGCCGCAGCCUGGAUGAGGAGGUGGGCCGGCGGCGGCAGCUGGAGCGGGAGGUGCAGCAGCUGCGGGCCAGUGUGGAGGAGCAGGAGGGCCUGCUCAGCUUCCAGGAGGACUGCAGCAAGAAGCUGGCUGCGGAGAAGGAGCUGCGGCAGCUGCGCUUGAGGAUCCAGGAGCUGCAGACAAGGCCGCCGGCGGUGCAGGAGAAGAUCAUCAUGGAGGAGGUGGUCAAGCUGGAGAAGGACCCAAACCUGGAGAAGUCCAUAGGCACCCUGCAGCGAGGCCUGGACCAGGAGAAGGCCCGGGUGAUGGAGUUGAAUCGGGAGUGCAAGAACCUGCAGGCCCAGAUCGACAUCCUGCAGACCACCAAGUCUCAAGAGAAGACCAUCUACAAGGAAGUGAUCCGGGUGGAGAAGGACCGGGCGCUGGAGGGAGAGCGGUCACACGUGUGGGAGCUGCUCAACAGGGAGCGAGCAGCGCGGCAAGGGCGGGAGGAGGAGGUGCAGCGGCUCUGCCAGCGCAUCGACAGGGCCGAGGCGCUGGGCAGGACCUGGGCUUGGGAGGAGGCCGAGCUGCAGAGGGCACGGGAGCAGGCGAGCCAGGAGUGCAGGCAGCUGCAGCAGGAGCUGCACAAGCUGGAGCAGCAGAAGCAGCAGAAGGUGCUGCACCUGCAGGAGGAGUCACAGCUGCUCGGCCAGAAGAUGGAGAGCGAGCGGCAGCGAGCAGCCCAGCGCGACCAGGCGCUCUCGCAGCUCGAGGCAGCCAUCCUCCGCGAGAAGGACCAGAUCUACGAGAAGGAGCGGGCCCUGUGGGACCUCCACACCAGAGUCAGCCGAGAGGAGCUCAGCCAGGAGACCCAGACGCGGGAGACCAACCUGUCCACCAAGAUCUCCAUCCUGGAGCCCGAGAUGGGGAAGGACAUGUCCCCAUAUGAGGCCUACAGGUGUGGCAUCAUCGACCGCAGCCAGUACCUCCAGCUGCAGGAACUCGAGUGUGACUGGGAGGAGGUCACCACCUCGGGCCCCUGCGGGGAAGAGUCGGUGCUCCUGGACCGCAAGAGCGGGAAGCAGUACUCCAUCGAGGCCGCCCUCCGUUGCCAGCACAUCUCCAAGGAGGCGUUCCACCUGUACAAGGACGGCCGGCUGCCCAUCUCUGAGUUCGCCCUGCUCGUGGCAGGCGAGACCAAGCCCUGCUCCUCGCUCUCCAUCAGCUCCAUCAUCUCCAAGGCCCCAGUCGCCUCUCCCGCCCCCCAGAGCACUAGUUUCUUCUUGCCUGCCUUCUCCCUGGUGCUCGGUGAUGACAGCUUCCCUAUCGCCGGGGUCUACGACAUGACCACAGACAACAAGUGCAGCAUCAAGACAGCCGUGGCCAAGAACAUGCUGGACCCCAUCACUGGGCAGAAGCUGCUGGAGGCGCAGGCAGCCACAGGGGGCAUCGUGGACCUGCUCACCCGGGAACGCUACUCGGUGCACAAGGCCAUAGAGCACGGGCUGAUCGAGAACACCUCAACACAGAGGCUGCUCAACGCCCAGAAGGCCUUCACGGGCAUCGAGGACCCCGUGACCAGGAAGAGGCUGUCGGUGGGCGAGGCUGUGCAGAAGGGCUGGAUGCCCCGCGAGAGCGUGCUCCCGCACCUGCAGGCGCAGCACCUGACCGGUGGGCUGAUCGACCCCAAGCGGACCGGCCGCAUCCCCGUGGCCCAGGCCGUGCUCUCCGGGAUGAUCAGUGACGAGCUGGCCCAGCUCCUGCAGGACGAGGCCAGCUACGAGAAGGACCUGACAGAUCCCCUCUCCAAGGAGAGGCUGAGCUACAAGGAGGCCAUGGGGCGCUGUCGCAAGGACCCCCUGAGUGGCCUGCUGCUGCUCCCGGCCACGCUCAAAGGGUACUCCUGCUACCGCUCUGCCUCCCCGACGGGGCCGCGCUGCCUGCGCUGAUAGGCCCAGCAGUCAAGGGAGUGUGUGUGAGAGGGCCGCGGUGGGGUCGUGCACCCCUCGCCCCCCCAAGCAGCCUGAUCAACCCCAGGGAGUGGGCUUCCCACUGUGUGACCGCUGUCUCAUUAUUCAGCCGUUCUUGGUGUUGGGCUCCCUCCCUGACUCUGAUGCCCGAUCCAUCCCCGGACCACAGGGUCAGACCUGUUCUCCCUCCCCCCUCCCCCACCUGGUGCUUCCAAUAAACGCAU